AUGAACUCCCUCCAGGUUUCCGUCGCCGUCUCGGCCGUCGCCUCGGCCUUUCACAGCGGAGCCGAGCUGCUCAAGCAGCUGAAGAAGCAGCGCAAGAAGAGAAGGGGUGAAGAAGCCUUCCGGGAAAAGGCCUUGUUGGAGUCUCUGGAAAAUGGCGAGACUCAGAUUGAGCAGCGCUACGCUCAGGACUGCCAGGAGCUGGGCCAGUCCGUCCGCAUAGGCGACGCAAUUGCCCGCGAACGUCUGCUCCACAUCGCAGUCUCUCUCCAAUCCGACGUCAUCAGGAGCUUGCAGAUUGCCACGCGCAACGACUCGGCCGUUGUCGAUCUCACUGCCUUGCACGAGGCUUCGGUCAUGCUCAGGCGCGACACUCUGACCGCUCUCGCCGAAUUGCGCCAACGCGCCUUCAACGACAUGCCCUCGGAAUACCGCCAGAGAUUGAACAGCGAUGCCGCAUAUUCACCCUCCACCAGCAGCAUCCAGAGGUCGUCUCUUAGCAACAGCCAACGGUCGCGCUCCUCGACCAAUUACUCCGACAAUCUUCCGCCCGCCGUCACCAUCCUCAACACCGAGGAGAAGCCCAAGAGUGUCCUCUCGAGGGUCUUUUCUCACCGGAGGAGCUCGUCUGCUCUAACCUCGCAAUCUAGCAACUCGAGCAAUUCCGAAAAGAGGAACUCUGGCUACAACCUGACGUCAAAUUUUCCGUGGAUGUCGGAUCGCACCCCCCAGGAACAUCAAGAUAUGGUCAGCCCGCAAACGCACGAGCUUCCUGCCGAAGUCCCGGUGAGGCUGCGCCCUCCGAUGGACCCUCCGCCACCGCCGGCCUACUCUCCCAGCAGGUUCAAUCGCAGCCCGUUCGACUCGGAUAGAAAGUUCGAUCCUACUCACUUCCCGGACAGCCCCCGCCCCAUUCACCCUCUUGAAAGGGAGUCGAUGGACCAGCAGCAGAUCGAAGCCUUGAGCCUGGAUGCCGCAGUGCAAGCCCCGCCCAGCGUAGUGAGGACGUCAGCAGAUGUCAACGAAGCCUUCAAUCAGUGCUUGGGCUCCUUGAGGCUGGACCAAGGACUGCGGCCCACGUCUUGGCUCAGUUCCAGCGCGUCUAUUUCGUCCUCUAGCCACUACUCCACAUCCGAGAACGCCACGGGGGACAAUGUGACCAUCUCAUCCGCCAACUGUAGCGGUGACGAUUGUGCGUCUCUCGCGGUGACGGUUGCACCACCGCGACAACGCCACAGUUACACCUCUAUCCAGAACAGUAGCCCUUUCAGCACCGAGCCCCCGCCAAACGAGCUGACCUCACCGCCAUGUACGGCGACCACGAUGCAGUCGCACAACCGCGCAUUUUCCGCUCCUACCGUCACCGUCAUCCCGCCACCUCCCCAGACCCAGGCUCCACCCGUACUCUCCCCGUCAGCUCCCGUAGUACCAAUGCUUGGCCGUCCUUGCAAAGCCAACAACUAUUACAACUUCUGCAAAGGUGCUUGGUCCCUUCGCGAAGAGUUUAAGAAAGGCCUUACGACGCGGAAUAAGCCGGUCGGCAUGUACACUUCCUGCCUGGUCUGGCAGUGCAAAGAAUGCAACUUCGAGGGCCCAUCCUUCGGCAACAAGAAGCCGUACACGACUGACCCGCGCACUUACACUUUUGUUCACGAGCGAGCUGGCAGCGGCAUGCCAGUCACUGUCAAGUACAAGUGGCUCUUCCUGGCGAAGAGCCACGUCAAGAUCAAGUCGGGCCUCCUUCGCCCGACCGCCACGGAAAACGAGCAGACUAUCGCCAGCCUCAAUGGCUUCCUCGGCAACAACCACCAUCAAGCCCCAAGCUCGUGCGACCUGUCUUCAAGAGACAACAGCGCCGUCGAUGAUGGGAAGUACCUCCAUAAGCCGGGCUACAGCUACGGCUGCUCCUUCUGCUGCGCCGAGGGCCGCGUCACGAGCGUAUACGGCACCGCUGAGACGCUUCUCGGGCACGUCGCCGAGGCCCAUGCCGGUCCCGCUGUGGCGGGGCGGCAGCAGUUGAGCGCGGACGCGCUGGCGCGGACCAAGUGCGUCAUCGGACGUGCGCCAGAGAAGAGUGAGGAGUGGGAUGUUUGGUUCCCUGGGUUUCAGGCGCAGGGGGUGAUGCCUUUGGCCUUUUAG